UCGACAAGCGUACCAAGAUUCUUCAGCACCCUCAACACCAGACAUUUCAAAUCCUUACAUUUUCACUAGAUCGUUGGGACGUCGUAUACGUCAAUACGUCAAAUGCGCAGUCAACCUGGAAACGACCAAACCUGAUCAAUGGCUCCAUAUCGCCAACUCAAUGUCUAUCGUCACUGCGGUCGACGAUCAUGUAUGUCUUGCCUACAUCCUCCAAGAAGCCAUCAUUGCCAUCCCCAUCUUAGAAUCAACAACCCUACCACUAAAGGAUAUGUCAAAGCGUCACCAGCCCAGACUGCCAAUUUCAUUGACGAGAUCUAUAAUAUAUGUUCCAUUUUCGAAUGCUCAGCCAGCCGCCAUCAUCUAUCACACAAAAGAAGCUAUCUCUCAAGCAUUCCAGACUAUGACACUUGCUGGAAGCGCGGUGCCAAACCGUGAAGUACACUAUGAAAACAUUUCUCAGAUCUCUGGCAAGUUCAUAAUCAAGUUGACUCUGACGCCUUCGACAUUUUUCUGUCGUACUGGAAAGAGAUCAAAGAGGACGCCAGGCGGAUCAUGCAGAGCUGUUCAGACGAGCAAGUUCCCCCCGCAUGGAAAAGUACAAAAAGAUAGCGGAGAAGUCAUAGAUACUACCUGA